CGUGCAGUGCAUUUCAGAUACUUGAUCAGUGGUGGAAAAGGCAAUUGCAAAGCUGGAAAGGAAAAGCUGUCUUUCUGCACCACUCCCUGCCACUGCACACCCCUCUCUCAUCUCAUCUCAUCUCAUCACUCCUCCAUCAUCUUCCCCCUCCCUCUCUUAUUCAAUCAAUUCAAUCUCUCUUAUUAUUAUUACUCUACACCAUAUUACAGACAUUCAAUUCAAUGUCCUAAGUUAUGAUAAUACUAUACUACUUGUAUUAGUAUUAAUCAUAGCAACUUUAGAGGAACAUUAUUUUACCCAAAUUGAUGGAUUCUUCCCCCUUCCUUCAUCAAUUCGCUUUCUACUCACGCUAUCCUUACUCUCACUAACACUCAUUCCAAACACAGAUUCCAUUUUUUCUUCUUCUUCCCCAAUUCUAUAAGGAAACCCUAGAUAUCACAUUAAACCAUUUCAUUAUUUCCUUAUAUACUCUCAUAAAUCAUCACCGUUUCUGGACUUGGAGGGUUAUCAUUUUUAUUUUUAUUUUUAUUUUUGCGGUGGUUGAAAAAAAAUGCAGUGGAUUAUAAAAUUCUCACGGUUUUUCUCCGCCGCAAUGUUGGUAAUCUUUCUCUCUCCUUCCCUCCAAUCCUACCCUCCCGCUGAAGCAAUUCGAUCCUCUUACCAUAUCCCUCACGAUUACCGAUUCUCCUUUCGGAAUUCACCUUCUUUCCGUAAUGCGGAUGAAUGUGACUCGGUUUCAGAUGAAAUCAGUGUUUGUGACCCUAGUUUGGUUCAUGUUGCAAUAACCCUAGAUAUUGAUUACCUACGCGGUUCAAUCGCGGCGGUUCAUUCGAUUUUGCGUCACGCUUUUUGUCCGGAGAGUAUUUUCUUUCACUUCCUUGUUACAGACACCAAUCUGGAGGCGUUGGUUCAAUCUACUUUUCCGCAGUUGAAAUUCAAGGUUUAUUACUUCGAUCCGAGUGUUGUUAAGAAUUUGAUUUCGAGUUCGGUGAGGCAAGCGUUGGAGCAACCGUUGAAUUACGCCAGGAAUUAUCUCGCGGAUCUGUUGGAGACUUGUGUGAGGAGAGUGAUUUAUUUGGAUUCAGAUCUUGUUGUUGUGGAUGAUGUUGCGAAGCUUUGGAGUACCGAUUUGGGGUUGAAAACGAUUGGGGCACCGGAGUAUUGUCAUGCGAACUUCACCAAGUAUUUCACGGCGGGGUUUUGGGCGGAGCCGGAUUUUGCGGCGACGUUUGAGAGGAGGAAGGUUUGUUACUUUAACACGGGAGUGAUGGUUAUGGAUCUGGUACGGUGGAGGAAAGAAGGGUACACGAAGAAGAUAGAAAAAUGGAUGGAGAUUCAGAAGAGUGAAAGGAUCUACGAGCUUGGUUCUCUGCCACCGUUUUUGCUGGUUUUUGCAGGACACGUGGCGGGGAUUGAACACCGGUGGAAUCAACAUGGUUUGGGUGGUGAUAAUGUGAAGGGUAGUUGCAGAGAUUUGCAUGCUGGUCCUGUUAGUUUGCUUCAUUGGUCUGGGAGUGGUAAACCUUGGAUUCGACUUGAUUCUAGAAACCCUUGUCCUCUUGAUGCUCUUUGGGCACCCUUUGAUUUGUAUGGAUAUGGACAUGGACACGAACAUGGACACAUUCAUGAAUCAUCAUAGAAAGACAAGACACAACGAAUACUGGCUGGUGGUGUCUGGCAAGGCAGUAGUAGGCACUGGCCUAUCAUUGAUUUUAGUGUUUUAUCUGUUGAAUUUGUGUAUGUUGGGAAGUGGCAUUUUGCGAAAGGGAACAAAGAAAGAUACUCUCAAUUUUAUUUAUUGUUUCUAUGGUGGAAGUGGAAGACACGUAUGUUGUUGAUGCAUAGCUGUCCACGUCUGAAAUAAGUUAAGGUGAAAAGGAAUUCUAAGCAAUUGGGCAAGAGACAUGAUUCACAUGAAGUAUCUAAUUUAGUCGGCAAAGGCAUGAAAACAAACGAUCCAACGAGGGAAGCUAAGUUAAGGGAUGUGGAUUUUGUUGGCAGGGAAGCUAAGUUUGCGGGCACUCUGAGGGAAGAGUGGUUUGGUUUGGUUUGGUGACAGUGGCGAACCGAACGUAACGGAACGUUUUGUGCACUUUGUAUUUUUGUAUUGUAUUGUAGUAUUAUUCUAUUCAAUUUUUUAUUUGUCUGUCUGUCACUGUCACUUUGUCCUUUACACCGCUUGCAUAAUAGCUGGCAUGGUAAUGCUUUCUUC